UAGCUGUAAUUUUAAACGGCCCGUAGAUGAUAUAAUACUUUGACUGCCGAAUGAACAAUCAGUUAUGUUUCUCCUUGAUGACACUGAGGUAUCCGGUAAUCAAUUUGCUGCUCCCGUAUGAUAUGAGACAAAAAUUUAUUGUUCUUUAAGCUGUCAAGUUUUUUCUUUUCUUAUAAUUAUUUUUCAAGACAAUGAAGGUCGCUGUUAUAGGAGCAGGACCGGGAGGUUUAGUAUCUGCGAAAUAUUGUGUUGCAGAGGGGUAUUCAGUGGAUGUUUUUGAACAAAACGGUGAUAUAGGAGGUCUCUGGGUAUACAGCGAUUGCGUGGAUUUUGAUGAAAAUGGGUUGCCACUACAAGCAGCUUUGUACAAAGGACUUAGGACCACCAUACCAAAAGAACUUAUGGAAUAUUCCGAUUUUCCGUACCCUAAAGAAAUGCAGGCAUGUUAUUUAAACGCAACAGAAGUGCUGGAAUAUUUUAACAAUUAUGCAGACAAAUUUAAUCUUCGCCCACUUGUAAAAUUACGUACAAGGGUUACAGAAGUUUCACCCCUGGAAGGAGAAAGAUGGUCUGUGAAAGCGGAAAAUUUAGUGGAUCACUCAGUAUUAUGCGGGACUUACGAUGCAAUAAUAAUCGCUAAUGGACACAGUGAAGAAAAAGUAAUUCCAAAUAUUCCUGGAAAGGAAACCUUUCCGGGAACUCAAUUGCAUAGCAAGGAUUUCAGGAAGACGAAAAUAUUCCAGGAUAAGAAGUGUUUGGUUAUUGGAAUGGGUGUUUCUGGACAAGAUAUUACCAAAAUGCUUUUAGCCGUUACAGAUAAGGUUUUUGCGAGUUACAGAAUGGAAAAGAAGCUUUCUAAUUUGCCGCAAAAUCUCAUUGAAAAACCAUGCGUUUCUAGGAUACAAGGAAACCAGGUUUUCUUUGAAGAUGGAACGGCCGAGGAAAUUGAUGUUAUCAUUUAUAGUACAGGCUACGAUUAUUAUUUUCCGUUUUUGACGAAAGAAUGUGGAAUUGUUGUGGAGAGCGGCAAAUGGGUUCGACCGUUGUAUAAAGAAAUUGUGAAUAUAGAACAUCCCACAAUGUGCUUCAUUGGACUCCAGUAUAAUAUCCCAGUAAUUGGGCUGUUCGACUUGCAGGCUCGCUUUUUUGUUUCCACGUUGAACGGUCAUUUUCCUCUCCCGUCGAAGUCGGCGAUGUAUGAAGAUUACGAAAAACAAAUUGCAAACAAACGAAAUCUUGGAAUUCCAAUAAAACACACGCAUGGGAUGAUGACUAAAGAAUUACGAAAAGAAUACUACGAAGAUGUGGCUGCAACGGCUAACAUCGCCAGAUUACCGCCGGUUAUUAUAAAUAUAUUCGAAAAGAUCCUAGAAUAUAGAAGUAAGGGCGAAUAUAGACAUAUCUUCUUCAAAGUAGUCAGUGAUAGCAAAUACAGAAUGAUCAUAAACGGAGAGAAAGAAUUCAAACCGAUUGUCAACGAUAAUAAGUUGAACAAUUCGAAUAUCAUCAAUGGUCGUCAUUUAUAAAGGUGUAAGGUUUCGUUGUUGUUUUAUUGUUUAUUUUGUUGAAAAAUUUAUGCAAAGAUGUAUCCAUUACAGCAAGGUUCUUUUAGUAAGUCUCGAAGGCUAAGAUAAUUAUACCAACAUAUGUAUAUAGGUACCUUCUAGUUUUGAAUUAAAUACGUAAAAAUUUUCAUAUUACCUAUUGCUAGUCGGCUAUUGAGAUUUCAAUGGUGAAAGGCACAGGGAUGGACUCAACAUUAAGUCCUUUGGACAAAAAAUUGUUUGGUUUCAAUAUCAACUGAACCAAAAAUAUCUUUUAAUAGAUGCCAAAAAUUUAGUCAGUAAACUGCAUGAGACUCAAUUUUCGAAUAUUUUUGCAGCUGCGGCUUUACUAUUUUUGAAAAUAAAUUCUGAGUUUACUUUUCUAGAUUUUGAUGCAAAUGCAAACGGUUCUUCAAAAAAAAAUUCAUUUAUUAGUUGGUGUAGAAACCGUUGGUUAAUGGUGCUCGCGGGUCAAUAUUAGUCCAUGUAUAUUGAUUUUACGAUUAAUAUUUGCGAAAAAUGAGUCGAUUUACUAAGAAACUUGUUAUUUUGUUUUAAAUUAUUUAUUUAUUUAAAGAGAAGCAAGUUUUUAGAAAUGGUUAAAUUUUUUGAGAUAUGUAAAGUUUCCAUUUUGUUAGGUGAAAUGAUGCAGUCUUGAUUUGGGGCUAAAGGCCGUCGUCUGGCGCAAGUUGUACUCCAGCAUUGGAAAUAGAAGUACCUCUAAAGAAGCUAGCCACUUGUUUGUAUGCAAGUCCAGCUGACGACGGCUUUAAACCCGAAUCAAGACAGCAUCAGUUCAUAUCGUGAUAUGUUAAGUUGUUAAGUGGAAGAUAAAAAAAAAAGAAAAUUGUUUUUAGUAUUAUUCUUAAUGAAGAAAAUACCACAAAUGGCAUGGUGAACGCCAUCUGUAUUCUUAAUGUUAAAACUAGAAUUAGUUUUGUAAAAUAGUGUGUGUGCUUUUUAUACGUAGAGAAUACCGAUUUCUUCUCUAAGGAAGUAAGGAAUGAAUGUAUGUGUUACCUUUUAAUUACUAUUGUAUAUACAAAUAUCUAUUAACAAAUAAAUUAUGUAAGAAAAAAUGAGAAGUAUUUGAAAUAUGGUGUUAAUAGAAGUAUAUAGAAGUCAAUAAGAAAAUGAGGAGAUAGAAGGGAAGAAGGAAUACUUUAAACAUAUUAGAUGCAGAAACAGGAAUAAUAAGAGACAGAGGAAGAUCUGGAUUAGGCUAGUUUUUGUAAAAAGUUAAUAGAGUGGGAUGUUCUAGUUAUAAGGAAAUACGUAGAUCGUUUC